AUCGUAAGGAGAAUGUUAAUUGGAACGGUUAUUUUAUUUUCACUUAUUCAAAUAAUACAGAUGUACUUUUUAUCAACAUGAUUGAUAGUUUUACAAGACAAGAACAACAUCCUAGCUCCAAUGAGUUCUUCCAAAUAUCAAAAUGGUUAGACGAAAAAUACUUUUAGUGCCAACGACCUGACCUUCGAUAUACGAUGACGACAGUCACACCUUUUGUACACGACAAAGAUCGAACUCAUUAAAUCAAGUUGUAUAUCUCAUUUGUAUGAGAAAGACUCUGACAAUCUAAACGAAAUGAAUCACUUAAUUUUUUAAUUCAGAAAAUAUCCAAGAUUUAAAGAGCAAAUUUUAUGGUUAUCAUCUAAUAAAGUGAGAGAAAAAUCGAAGAUGAUCAUCAAUUGGUCUUUUAAGCUUGACUCUUUUGGGUAAAUAAUUAAUAGAUGCGAUAUCACCAGUCAAUGGUUUCAUAUACUUACCAGUCAUUUUUUUCAAUAAUGAUGUUAACAAUGGGUUGGCCAACAUUGGCCUUGAUUUUGUCGUCCUUGGGCUUUAUUGCAUGUUAUCAUCUCCCAGACUAUGAACUUCUGCCACCAAUACAAAAGCAUAUACCACCCUCGGAUGUGCCAAGCUUCCAAAGAACGUCUGUUGAAGGCCUUCCGCAAACUUCGAAUAAUGUAAACAAUCAUCUUGAAUUUGGGUCUUCAAGUUUGCCACUUAGAGAUGCUGUUGAGUCGUCACCACGAAUUGUAGACAUGUUCCAAGCACUUCAAGAUGGCCUUGAAGUUGAUUCGGAGUUAUUAAAUAAAAGAACUCUACUGAGAGAUGCAGUAGAGCGACGACCGCCUCCUCCCUUGGGAAAUAACGUCGUUGAUCAUGAAUCUAUUUGGCUUGAACAACUCUCACCUCCGGCUAUCCGAAAGAAUCAAGGCUCUCCUAAAAUCAUAUGUCGCUAUAAUCCUGAGUCACUUUAUAGGAAGGAACCAUUCUUAUUAGAUCCCCAAAAUAUUCCAAGGAGAAAAUGUACUCAUUUAAUUUACAGCGCAGCAACGUUUGAUCCCCGAUAUUGGACAAUAAUUUCAAGAAAUCCAGAGCGUGAUGAAUUAAAAGGCGGAUAUAAAAUAGUAACUAAUCUUCGAGAAAAAGAUCCUUCCUUACAAAUUCUAGUCUCAAUUAAUUCUCUGGGUCACGGCAAAUAUCUGAGAGAAUUGAUCAACAAUCCCAAGCAUGUUGAAAAGUUUGUUGAAUCAACAGUGUCUUUCUUAAAAGAGCAUCAAUUUGAUGGAAUUGAGUUAAACUGGAAGCAUCCUAAUAUUCCUCAGUUGAAAUUACUGUUACAAUUCAUGUAUCCAACAUUGUACGCCGAAGGAUAUACUCUAGCAGUAGUAUUAAGACCUGAAAAUAUGAUCGAUGCACGAUUAAGUAACCUGGCAGAUAUUUUACUGCUUCAACCUUGGCAAGCGAUUCCUGCUCAAUAUGCUGCUCAUCCUGCUCCUUUAGAUUCAAUUAUGGUUUUUGUAAAAAAAUGGAUCGACGCAGGUGCCAGUUCUGAAAAAAUAGUUCUCGGACUUGCUUUCUUUGGAAAAAGCUAUACUUUAAAAAAUCCUAAUGCAACAUUUGCUGGAUCACCAAUUGUUGGCCCAGGAAUUGGUGGUCCUUACACUAAAGGAGUUGGAGUCUUAGCUUACUAUGAAAUUUGUGAUGAAUCCCAAAAUUUAUGGAACACUGGUAGAGACUACCAAGGUCCUUUUAUGAAACGAGGAGAUCAGUGGAUUGGAUUUGAGGAUCCCUUCUCAAUAAAAAUAAAAACGGCUUAUGCUAAAACAAUGAACCUUGGUGGAGUUUUAUUGUCUUCUAUAGACCUUGACGAUUUUGUUGGAGUUUGUGGAAAUCCUUGGCCAAUGCUGGAUGCUGCUAUAACAAGUUUAGGGGUUUAUAACAAUCCUGUAGAAAAAUGUGAGAUGGAAGGAAUUUUUAAAGAUCCAGAAAAUUGUGCUGGAUUUUUCGUAUGUGACAAAGGAAAUCUUUAUCAAAGUGUUUGUAAUAAAAAAUACUUCUUCAGUUCUGUGGAAAAACGAUGUGUUAAAGCAGAUCCUGGAGUUUGCCAACCAGGAUAUUUAAGUAAAUAUCCAGCAGGGAGUAAUUAUUUAGUUUCACUUCGAGAAAAACAGCAAAGUCAAAAACUUCAAGUAAAACAGAAUAGUCCUAGAGUGGUAUGCUAUAUAACAUCUUGGGCUUUGUAUAGAAAAGGAGAUGGAAAAUUUGUUCCAGAGCAUCUGGAUAAUCGGCUUUGCACUGAUAUUGUUUAUGCAUUUGCUGGUUUGAAUCCUGAAACAUUAACUAUUCAACCAUUUGAUCCUUGGGCUGAUAUCGAAAAUGGUCUUUAUCAAAGAAUCACAUCAGUAAAAGGGUCUCGAGUACUUUUAGCAAUCGGCGGUUGGACAGAUAGUUCUGGAGACAAGUACUCUCGACUUAUCAGCAAUCCAAGUUUUCGUAGAAAGUUUAUAGCUUCUACAAUUGAAUAUUUACAUUCCCAUAAUUUUGAUGGUUUAUCUUUCGAAUGGAACUAUCCGAAAUGUUGGCAAAGUGAUUGCAAAAAAGGACCAGAUACUGAUAGACCCAAUUUCACAAAGCUAAUUCAAGAGUUAAAAAAAGCAUUUGAUGAAGCAAUGCCGCGAUUAACUCUUGCUGUAGCCUUGUCUGGAUACAAGGAAGUUAUUGACCGAGCGUAUGAUGUUCAUGAACUUUCUAAAGCUGCAGAUUUCAUUUCAGUAAUGACUUACGACUAUCAUGGAGCCUGGGAAUCUCGAACUGGUCACUUGGCACCACUUUACGCUAAACCCGGUGACACUAAUCCGUAUUAUAAUGUCAAUUGGACAGCAAACUACUUAGUAAGUCUCGGUGCUGAAAGAUCGAAAUUGAUUAUAGGCAUUCCAUUUUAUGGGCAAGCUUAUAGACUUGCACAACCAGAACAUUCAAGUUUAGGAGAUCCUGCAGCAGGUCCUGGAAAACCUGGAGAAUUUACUGGUCAGCCAGGAAUGUUGGGAUAUUAUGAAAUUUGUGAAAAAAUUAAACGUAAAGGUUGGAAAUCUCAAUCAGGACCUAGUGCCUAUUUCAAAGACCAAUUCGUUGGCUAUGAUAAUCCAGCCAGCGUUACUGAGAAGGGAGAUUGGCUCUUGAAAAAUGGCUUUGGAGGAGCAAUGGCUUGGACUGUUGAUCUCGACGACUUUAUGAAUAUUUGCUGUCUCGAACCAUUUCCAUUGCUUCGAAGUUUGAAUCGCGCUUUAGGACGUCUUCUGGAUCCGACACCGUUCGGAGAAAAUUGUGAGAGACCGUCAGAACCAAUUACUCCUGAGCCACCCACGCUGACGACUCACAGUGAUGCAGAUGACGGAGUACCGCGACCCACGCGUCCAAUGACCUCUUCAACCACCAAAGCAACGACAUGGCCAACAUGGACCGAAAAACCAAGUAAAAAACCUCAAUCUACAUCUACCACUUGGCCAACAUGGACCUGGAAACCAACAUCAACAACCUCAGCUACUACGACCACUACUACAACUAUUAGAGCGCCGACAAAGUGGACAACAACUACGAAGAAACCCACGACACUACCUGAAGUAUCGUCCCCUACUACAGGAAUGUCAUGCAAUUUUGGAGAAUAUGUUCCAGAUCCAAUAAAUUGUCAGAACUUUUUUAUAUGUGUACUUGGACAAUUGAAAAAAGAAAGUUGUCCUGUAGGAUUGCACUGGGAUAGCCUUAAGAAUAGAUGUGAUUGGCCAGGAUUAGCAAAAUGUCAACAAACAUCAGCUCCUGUUUUUCCACAAAAACCAUGGAGUACGCAAAUUCCAUCUUCAUCGAAAAGGCCAAUAACAACAAUAAGAACUACUACAGUUGCUCCAACAUCUUUUCCUAUCAGCCCGGUUGAAAGCCCUACAUCGAAACCUUGUCAUCAUGGAGAAUAUUAUGCAUAUCCAGAAUCAUGUACACAUUUUUUAAUUUGUGUUAAUGAAAAUACAGUGAUUCAACAAUGUGGACCUGGUUUAAAUUGGAAUGAUGAAAAGAAAAUGUGUGAUUGGGCAUUCAUGAAUCCUUGCAAAGAUAAACCUAAACAGAAUUCUCCAUUAACGAUGAAGGAAAUGGAAACUAGUAAGCCAUGUAUCCCAGGAAGUCGCACUGGUGUUCCGGGAGACUGCGAGAGUUUCCAUGCGUGUCUGUGGGGCCGGCAUGAGAAGUUUUCGUGUGCACCUGGCCUUCACUUCAAUAAAGAAAUGCAAAUAUGUGACUGGCCUUAUCGCGCGAAUUGUGAUGAUGGUUCAGAAAAAGUUACAAGACCUCAAGUCAGUGUUACAACGACUAAUCGACCAGCUAGGCCAUCAAAGAAGCCAGUCACUGCAGCUCUUACUACAACAACAACAACAACAACAACUACUACUACUACUACUACUACUCAAAAACCAUGGACACAAAUGACUACUCAUCGACCUAAACCUUUACCUUCCGGAGAAAUUGAUUCUUCAAAAAAAUCCCCACUGUCAGGGUACUUUAAAGUUGUUUGUUAUUUUACUAAUUGGGCGUGGUAUAGAAGAGGAACUGGAAAAUAUCUUCCAGAACAUAUAGAUCAUACUCUGUGUACUCAUAUUAUUUAUGGAUUCGCAGUAUUAGAUUAUUCAGAGCUCACGAUUCGAGCUCAUGAUUCUUGGGCUGAUUAUGAUAAUAGGUUUUAUGAGCGAGUAGUAGCAUAUAAAAAACGAGGUGUCAAGGUAUCACUAGCUUUAGGAGGAUGGAAUGACUCAGCUGGUGAUAAAUACAGUCGUUUAGUAAAUUCUCCAUCAUCACGACGUAAAUUUAUUAAACAUGUUAUUGAAUUCAUUGAAAAAUAUGGUUUCGAAGGAUUGGAUCUUGAUUGGGAGUACCCAGUUUGUUGGCAAGUUGAUUGUCGUAAAGGUCCUGCAUCAGACAAAGAAGGAUUUGCAGCAUUACUGAGAGAAUUGAAUGCUGAAUUUAAACCACGAGGAUUAUUAUUAUCUGCAGCAGUUUCUCCUAGUAAAACUGUUAUAGACAAAGGUUACGAUGUUCCUGCAUUGGCUAAAUACCUCGAUUGGAUUGCUGUUAUGACUUAUGACUAUCAUGGACAGUGGGAUAAAAAAACUGGACACGUAGCUCCGUUAUAUUAUCACGAAGAUGAUGAGUUUUACUUUUUCAAUGCUAAUUAUAGUAUCAAUUAUUGGAUUUCUAAGGGUGCGCCACCAAGAAAUAUAGUUAUGGGAAUACCACUGUAUGGUCAAGCAUUUUCGAUUCAUGAUCCAAGUGUUGGGACUGGACUAAAUGCUCCAGCAAGUGCAGGAUUAGCAGGCGAAUUUACUCAAUCUGCUGGAUUUUUAGCUUACUAUGAAAUCUGUGAUAGAAUUAAAAAUAAAGGUUGGAAGAUAUAUCAAGAUCCUCAAAGACGGAUGGGUCCUUAUGCUUAUAAAGGAAAUCAGUGGGUCAGUUUCGAUGAUGCUGACAUGAUAAGGCAAAAAGCCCAGUUUAUUCGAGACAUGGGUCUGGGUGGAGGUAUGGUUUGGGCAUUGGAUCUUGAUGAUUUCCGAGGAAAGUGUGGAGAUGGAAAUCAUCCAUUGAUGCAUACUUUACAAUUAGUGUUGUCAGAGCCACCAACUCGACAUGAUCGACCUAUUAAACCACCAAAAGUAGGUCAAGAAUUGGAAUGGAAACCUCAUGUUCCACCUCCAAAAUCCACCACAUCUCAUCAAGUUGAUAAUGAUGUAAAUAACGGAAAUAAUGAUUACAAAGUCGUUUGUUAUUUUACUAAUUGGGCAUGGUACAGACAAGAAGGUGGAAAGUUCCUUCCUGAAGAUAUUGAUAGCGAUUUAUGUACUCAUGUAAUUUAUGGGUUUGCUGUAUUAGAUGGAUCUUCGUUGACUAUAAAAUCACACGAUCCUUGGGCUGACAUUGAUAACAAAUUUUACGAACGUGUUGUGGCUUUCAAAGCAAAAGGUAUUAAAGUUCUGGUAGGUAUUGGUGGAUGGAAUGAUUCAGAAGGUGAUAAAUACAGUCGGUUAGUAAAUUCCCCUGGUGCAAGAUCACGAUUUAUUACCCAUGUUGUUCAAUUCAUUGAAAAAUACGGGUUUGAUGGGUUAGACUUGGAUUGGGAGUAUCCAGUAUGUUGGCAGGUUGACUGCAAUAAAGGCCCAGCGUCUGAUAAAGCAAGUUUUGCGAUGCUUGUUCAAGAAUUAAGUAGCAUAUUUAAACCAAAAGGACUUCUAUUAUCAUCCGCAGUAUCCCCAAGUAAACGAGUAAUUGAUCAUGGGUAUGAUGUACCUGCUUUAGCAAAAUAUCUAGAUUGGAUUUCUGUGAUGACUUAUGACUUUCACGGACAAUGGGAUAAAAAAACUGGACAUGUUGCUCCUCUUUAUGUACGACCAGACGAUUGGGAACCUACUUUUAAUGCUAACUUUUCAAUUCGUUAUUGGAUUGAGCGAGGAGCACCUCCGAAAAAAUUAGUAAUGGGAGCUCCACUUUAUGGACAAUCAUUUAGUUUAGCAGAGAGAAGUAAUAGAGGUCUAAAUGCCCCAACAUAUGGGGGAGGAGAAGCGGGAGAGUCUACUCGAGCUCGAGGAUUCUUGGCAUAUUAUGAAAUUUGUGAAAGAGUAUUGAAAAAAGGUUGGACUGUCGUUCAGGAUCCUGAAAGACGAAUUGGACCUUAUGCUUAUCAAGGAGAUCAAUGGGUUAGCUUUGAUGAUGCAAAACAGAUUAAACUUAAAGCUGAGUUCAUUAAACAACUUGGAUUGGGGGGUGGUAUGAUAUGGGCUUUAGAUUUAGAUGAUUUUGAAAACCGAUGUCACUGUGAACCUAGUCCUCUAUUAAGAACUAUGAAUAGAGUCUUGAGAAACUAUCCUGACGGACCUUUAUGCAGUGUCACUGGAUCAAACAAUGAAAAUAUUGAACCAGUUCAAAGUACAACAUAUCAACCUAUUACACCGUCUAUACCCCAGCAAGAAACAACUACUAUACCCACUUAUUUACCACCAGAUCCAGAUGAUUCUAUCGAAGUCGUAGCAGGACCAGCUCCUCCCACACAAAUACCUAUUGGAGAAUGUGUAAAUCAACAGUUUAUGGCUCAUAAUGAUGACUGUUCAAAAUACUUGAUAUGUAAUUUCGGACAAGUAUCUGAAAUGACAUGUCCGAAUGGUUUACAUUGGAAUAAAGAUCACUGUGAUUGGCCUGAAAAUGUUGAAUGUAAAAAUAAAAAAUCGGAUCGAAGUGAAGAGACUAAUACAAUACCAGGAGCAUUCUCAGAAUUGAAGCAAUCUCUGUCUCCAAUUCUUGCAUCAGACCGAGUGAUUAAUCGAAGCAGUAGGAAAGUUAUAUGUUAUUUUACAAACUGGUCGUGGUAUCGCACAAAUAAAGGAAAAUUUAAACCAGAAAAUAUUGACCCUCAUCUAUGCACACACAUUAUCUACGGCUUCUCUAUUUUAGAUGAUGUAAAAUUAACAAUGAAAAUUCAAGAUUUGUUGACAGAUAUCGACAAUGAUUUUUAUGGGCGUAUCACUACAUUUAAAUCAAGAGGAAUUAAAGUAUUAAUCGCUUUGGGUGGUUGGUAUGAUUCAGCAAGCGAUAAAUAUAGUAGAUUAGUCAAUAAUCCUUCUGCCAGGAGUAGAUUUAUCAAACAUGCUUUGAAAUUUGUUGAAAAAUACGGAUUCGAUGGAAUAGAUAUUGAUUGGCAAUAUCCAGUCUGCUGGCAAGUCAACUGUGAACGUGGAUCUCCAUCAGAUAAAGAAUCUUUUGCAUUAUUUAUAAAAGAGCUAAGCUAUGAAUUUAAAUCAAGAGGUUUGCUACUUUCUGCUGCCGUUUCCGCGAGUAAAAGAGUCAUUGAUAAAGCAUAUAAUGUUCCGGUUCUCUCGAGAUAUUUAGAUUGGAUUUCAGUCAUGACUUAUGAUUUCCAUGGAUCUUGGGAAGGAAAAACCGGUCAUAUAGCACCGCUUUAUUAUUACCCAGGUGAUGAAUACGAUUACUUUAAUGCUAAUUUUUCCAUACGCUAUUGGAUUGAAAAAGGAGCAGAGUCUUCAAAAUUAGUCUUGGGUAUUCCAAUGUACGGACAGAGUUUUAGUUUGAAAAAUGAAGGAAAUACGAAUCUUCAAUCAUCAGCACUGAGCUCAGGACUUGCAGGUCCUUAUACACAAAUGCCUGGGAUACUUGCUUUCUAUGAAAUUUGUCAAAAAAUAAGAAAUGAAAAAUGGAGCGUGACAAAGGAUAUUGAGAAACGCAUAGGACCAUAUGCAGUUAAUGAAGAUCAAUGGGUUAGUUAUGAUGAUGUGACAAAUGUACUAGAAAAGGCUAUGUUUAUUCGGGAAUUGAAUCUUGCUGGAGGAAUGAUUUGGGCAUUGGAUUUGGAUGAUUUCAAUGGAAAUUGUGGCUGUGGAAAGUAUCCACUGUUGACUGCGCUUAAUCAUGGAUUACAAGGAUCAGCGUAUGGAAAAGACUGCACGUAGACAUUUAAAGUAAUAAUAAUUAAUAAUCAUGUAUUCAUAUUUUUUUUUAUGAUCUUCUCAUCUGGAAUAAUCUAAGAUGAUUUUUUCAUUUUUGAAUUAAAUAUUUUUUGCUGUCACUAUUACAGAAGGUCAGUGAUAUAAAAUAAACAUGUUAAUACGUGAAAUUAUAGGAAUAGGAAUGAAAUACGUACUUGGAGACGACACAUGAAAUAAAACAAAUUUUUAUAC